AUGCAGCAGAAAGUUUUAGCUGCAAUACACUCGGGCCAUCAAGGUAUUGUCAAAUGUCGUCGUAGAGCGAAAGAAUCUGUAUGGUGGCUAGGUUUAAGCUCGCAGAUCGAGAACCUAAUUCGUAACUGUUCAAAUUGUAUCCAAGAACGUUCAAAUCCGAAAGAGAGUUUUAAGACAGAAAAUCCUCCCAUUCGACCAUGGCAGCGAUUAGGGGCAGAUUUAUUUAAACACGGCGGAAAGUGGUAUCUAAUAGUUGUUGAUUAUUUUUCGCGUUACAUCGAAAUCGCAAAAUUAAGUAGUUUAUCCGAAAAAACGAUAAUCGAGAGGAUAACGCAACUAUUUUCGAGACACGGAAUUAGCGAGGAACUAGUAUCGGACAAUGGUCCAAAAUUUAGAAAUGAAUUUAAAAAAUUUGCAGAAGAGUAUUAUUUCCGACACAUAACAAGCUCCCCUUACUUUAGUCAAUCGAACGGCGAAGCUGAAGCUGCUGUCAAAAUAGCGAAACAGCUGAUUAAAAAAAACGGUAGUGAUUGUAAUCAGCUCGCAAAAGCUCUGUUAUCCUAUCGAUCCACUCGACUUGCAAACGGUUUUUCGCCAGCCGAAAUGCUCAUGAAUCGAAAACUGCGAACAGAAGUGCCUACCUUACCCAGCGCUCUAAAAGGGAAGGGGAAG